AACUAUCUUAAAUAAUGGCAGGUUUGGAACAGUCACUCUUCCAGCUCAAGUUCACUGCCAAGCAGUUGAACAAGCAAGCAUCCAAGGCUGCGAAGGAAGAGCUCCAAGAAAAAGCCAAGGUGAAAAAGGCCAUGGUUCAAGGAAACCCUGAUAUCGCCCAGUUGUAUGCCCAAAAUGCCAUACGCAAAGCCAACGAACGAGUCAACUUAUUGAGGCUCUCGUCUCGAAUCGAUGCAGUUGCCUCUCGUGUACAGACGGCCGUGACCAUGCGGUCAGUGACAGGUAACAUGACAAAUGUCAUCAGAGGCAUGGACAAAGCUCUUCAAACGAUGAAUUUGGAACGAAUUUCCAUGGUGAUGGAGAAGUUCGAAACCCAGUUUGAGGAUCUCGAUGCCCUGACGAACUACUAUGAGUCGGCGACCAACAAUGUCAGUGCAUUGACUACCCCACAAGAACAGGUGGAUGAUUUGAUGAGCCAAAUUGCCGAUGAGGCAGGCAUUGAGAUGAAACAAGGGUUGAAUGAGACCAAGGUCGAGAUCAAUACGCCGCCUACCAGUGUGGUCACCGAUGAGAAAGAGGACAAGUUGGCCGAGCGGUUGCGUGCUUUACGUAAUUGAUAAUGCUUUUAGAUCUUAGAUGAGAAUGCACAAAAUGUAA